AUGCCCAUUUUUUCUUUCUUUUUUUAUUAUUCUUUCAUUCUUUAUUUUUCUCUUCAUACUUUGAAUUUUUCAUUCACCUUCCUUUAUUCCCAUUGCUUUUUUUCUUUCAUUCUUUUAUUAAUCUCUUUAUUUUUCCUUUUCAUACCUUGUUGUUUCCAUUCGCUUUCUCUUUACCUUUUAACUUUCUUUUCGUUCAUUCAUUCAUUGUGUAUUUUUCUUAUUAUGCCUUGUCUUUUUAUCACCUCUAUGAUUAUUCUCAUGUUUGCUUUUUUUUCCAUUCUUUUUUCUUCAUUCCUUUUUAUCUUCAUACCUUGUAUUUUUCAUCCAUUCUCCAUUUACCGUUUUCCCUGUUAUUUGCUCUUACUUCAUUCCAGGUUACCUUCAUUGAUUCUUUUUCACCAGGCUUCUUAUGUUGCAUUUUUCAGUUGCUUUCUUUCUUUUUCCUUCCGUCCAACUCAUUGUUUCACUCAGUUUAUUAUUUUCUACUUUAAUCAUGACAUUCAUCCAUUUUAUAAUUUAUUCUUUCUUUCUUUCAAUCUUUAUUUUAGAUCGUUUUUUCCUUCCUUCUUUCUAGCCACCUUUUCUCAAUUAUUCUUUUGUUAUCGUCCUCCUUGUAUUCAUUCAUUUCAUUUAACCUUUUUCUUUCUUUCGCUAUCUUUUGGCCAUCAUCUUCUUUUAUUCAUUCAUUUCAUUUAUAAUUUCUUUCUUUUAGCUUUGUUUUCUUUCUUUCUUUCUUUGAGCUCUGUUUCUUUCUUUCUUUUAGUUCUUUUUUUUUCAUUCUUUCUUUUAGCUCUCUCUGUUUUCUUUCUGUCUUUCUUUCUUUCUUUCUUUCUUUCUUUAAGCUCUGUUUCUUUCUUUCUUUCUUUUAGUUCUCUCUGUAUCUUUCUUUCUUUUAGUUUGGUUUUAUGUCUUUCUUUCAUUUUAGUUCUGUUUUCUUUCUGUUUUACUUUCUUUCUUUUAGCUCUGUUUUCUUUAUUUCUUUCUUUUAGCUCUCUCUUCUUUCUUUCUUUCUUUCUUUCUUUCUUUCAUUUAGCACUUUUCGAAAACCGCGGGAAUGAGGUCAUAGCCACGGAAUUUUGGGAAUGUGCGUUUUCCCGCCUUGUCGCUGAUGCCACGGCAGCCAUUGAAGAGAAAUACGGCAUGCACGUUCUGCGCACGCGCGGAAAUGACAGCACUCGCACACAUACGCAUGCACGUGCGCACAUAUGCUUCUCAUUCCAACAUGUCAUAUCUUUUCUUCCCUUUGUCUCUUACCAACUGGCUUUAUCAUUUUUGCUUUCUGCAUUUGAUUAUUUUUUGUCUGCUUAUCUUUCUAUCAUUCAUUUCUGUCGUUCUCUGCCACAUCUAUUCUUAUCUAUCUAUCUAUCUAUCUAUCUAUCUAUCUAUCUAUCUAUCUAUCUAUCUACUUCUGUUUAUUUUUACGUAUCUAUCUAUCUAUCUAUCUAUCUAUCUAUCUACUGUUUAUUUUUACGUAUCCAUCUAUCUUUCUAUCUAUCUUCUUCUGUCUAUUUUUAUGUAUCUAUCUUUCUAUCUAUCUACUUCUUUCUAUUUUUACGUAUCUAUCUAUCUAUCUAUCUAUCUUUUGCCGUUGCAUUUUGUUUUGAUGACCCUUUCUUUUCAUUUAUUCCACAUGUAAUAUUUGCAACAGUUCCGAAAUUUAUUCUUUGGAAAUUCUAA